CGUUAAUAGUGGGGUAGAAGACAAAGAAACGGCUUUCCUGUUAUUCACUUAUUUUCAUUCGGAAUUUCCACCCGUUAACCACUGAGCCUCCAAUCGUACAUUACUUACAUCAUAAACGGUCCUCGCCUCUGAUUAUUGAACGAGACAUUCGUCUGCGAAAUUUCUUUGCCUUUUCCAAUCCUCCGCGUUUUGUUCCUUGUUAAAAGAAAAAAGUUUCUGGGCUGCAAACGUCCAAUUUAGAUUUUGUUAUACUUUUUUAUUCCUGAAAAGUUUGUUAUUCCCAAAUUUGUCGAUUGAUUCGUGGGUUUGGGAUUCGAUUGGAAGCUGGUGUUGAUUUGGGUUCGAUCUGAUAAUCGGUCAGAAGCAGAGUAUUUCUGCAUUGAGGAGGCAGGGGAAAAGGCGAUGAACGUCGCUAGAUUUUGCGAAAAAGUCUCGACGAAGAUGGUAGAAGGGGGAUCUCAUUACUGUCUCAUGAAGAAAGAUGAUAUCUGCACCGGGGAUUCGGGUAGAGGAUUAAGACUAUCAAGAUUAAAAUGUCUGCUUCGAGGCCUCGACUUCAAAAUUUUAAUAUUGCUGUUCGUUCUGAUACCAACUUGUGGCUUUGGGAUCUAUGUUCACGGCCAGAAAAUCACAUACUUUCUGCGACCUUUAUGGGAGAAACCGCCGAAGCCCUUCCAUGAAAUCCCUCACUAUUAUGACGUGAAUGUGUCGAUGGAUAAUCUCUGUAAACUUCAUGGCUGGGGAGUUCGGGAGUUCCCUAGGCGUGUCUAUGAUGCUGUAUUGUUCAGUAAUGAGGUGGACAUGCUGACUGUUCGAUGGAAGGAGUUAUACCCUUUUGUGACGGAGUUUGUUUUGCUUGAAUCAAAUUCGACUUUCACUGGAUUGCCGAAACCCUUGUACUUUUCCAAGAACAGGAAGGAUUUCAGCUUUGUUGAGCCGAGGCUGACUUACGGUCAAGUCCCUGGGAGAUUUAAGAGGGGAGAGAAUCCAUUUGUGGAGGAGGCUUAUCAGCGGUUAGCGCUAGACUAUCUUCUCAAACAAGCAGGCAUUCAGGAUGAUGACUUGUUGAUCAUGUCAGACGUUGACGAAAUACCUAGUAGGAACACUAUAAACCUCUUGAGAUGGUGCGACGAUAUACCACCUGUCUUGCAUCUAAGAAUGAGAAAUUAUCUCUAUUCCUUUGAGUUCUUUGUUGAUAACAAUAGCUGGAGGGCUUCUAUCCAUAGAUAUCAGUCCGGGAAGACAAGGUAUGCUCAUUAUAGGCAAUCAGAUGAUAUCUUGGUGGAUGCAGGGUGGCAUUGUAGCUUCUGUUUUCGACGAAUCAGCGAGUUUAUCUUCAAGAUGAAAGCUUAUAGCCAUUGUGACAGAAUAAGGUUUUCUCAUUUUCUCAACCCAAAACGAGUCCAAAAAGUCAUUUGUGAAGGGGACGAUUUGUUUGAUAUGCUGCCCGAGGAGUAUACAUUCAAGGAAAUUAUUGGGAAGAUGGGGCCCAUCCCACACUCUUAUUCAGCAGUGAAUCUGCCAGCCCAUCUUUUGCAGGACUUUGACCGUUACAAAUUUCUCUUGCCCGGUAACUGCUUGAGAGAAAGCGGAUGAUGCAAGUGGUACGAGAAAACGGUUGAUCCAAUUUUCAUCCACGCUGCAGCUGCUCUGUUACUUGUGAAAUUCUACGCCCCAAAGACAUAUCCUAAUUGCAAUUAUAUUUAUCCUCUAUGAAUGAUAGUAGGAUGAAUUCUCUGACGUGGAAUCUGCAUUAAAACAUUGCAUAGAACAAAGAUAGAUAUUUCAUUCAUGGAACAUUAUGAAACUUGCUGCUGCGAGAUAGCAUUAGUUUUUAGGCGGCCUGUAUAGUUGUGUAUAUCUUCCUAUCCUGCACUUGAUGAUCCCAAUUCUGCAGGAAGAUGGUAGUCUAGUUCUUUUAUCUUUUCUGUUUGUGUUUUCCCUCUUGGGAAAUUUUUGUGAAACAUCAAUCUCUUUAUUGUUUCUUAAGCGGCAUUUCUUUCUUGUCUCUUCUUAGCAUUUAGAUUUCCCAACAGCAAUGUCUUUUUUGUGUUUAUGGCAACCGUCUUGGUAAAAAGUUUACACCUUUUCUUUCUAAUGAGUAGUCGUGUUACAUUAGGGGUGGAUUCGGGUCGGGCCACCCGGCCUGUGUACCGGACCGGCCCGCUACUGUGCGGGACCGGGACCGGCCCGGUUCUCGGGUCCGGGUCCGGGCCAAAUUGAUUAUUUUUUUUUUUCCCAUUUUUUGGGGUUCCACCCGGGUUGGGCUUGAUGGUUAGGAGGGGUUUGGGGGGAGGGGGGUGGGGGGGUGAGGGGGGGGGGGGGUUUAGGAAAGCAAAAAAAAAAAAAAAAACGGAGGCCUGGCCCGGCCCGGACCCGGUGGCUACCCGGGCCGGUCCUGGGUCUACCGAUUCGGAACCGCCGGCCCGCCUGGGCCUAGGCCCGACCAAUAUGUUACAUCAAUGUUGGUAAAUUUCAAGGGUAUUGUUAACCAUGUUAAUGAUGUUAUGUGUUUGCCAAGAGCCCAAGACUAGCUGAGAAAUAUGCAAUAUUAACUGGUUUCGACUUCUUUCUAAAACGCACUUUAUGCAACAUGAAUCCCAUUGCAAACACUAUAAAUGCAUUAUACAUCAAAUGAAAAUCCAAUUGUCCACUAACAUAUUUCUAACAUGAUCCAACUCUUCCAAAAAAUUGAAAAAAAAAAGUUGUCUGGGGUAUCAGGCCACCAUAAUCCCAUACAAAGAUUAUGGGAUCCGCCUCUGUUUGGAUCUACCUUAAAAAAUUGGGUCUAAAAGACUAAAACCCAAGCAGUCGGAUCUUUAGCUUUUUUUAUUCUAUAAAUGCAAUAUUGGUAGUAUGAAUUUUGAUACAUUUUCUGUGAAAAUUGGAGUAUAAUAAAAGAAAUAAUUACAUAUGUACGAGGAAAAAAAGAUUAUUUACAAAAAU